CGCACGGCCUGGCGCGUCUCUGCAGCCUCUUUUGUCUUUUCAUUUCUCUUCUUCGGUGUCCUUUCGGUGAUGAGCCUGCUGGGGGCCUACAAGAAGAAGACCACUUACGAUGGCUAUGAAUCUUUGCAGCUGGUCGAUAGCGGCACAGACAGCUUCAGCAUCGGCAGAGGAGGAGGCGGCGGCGGCGGCGGCGCACUCGGAGGCUCCACAGCGGCGAACGUCGGACCGAAGGCGGCCCCGCUGAGGGAGGACUGCUGCAGCACCAUGGACAGCUCAGACAUGGAUGCCGGUUAUGGUGGAGGACUGUUGGAUAUGGUGAAGGGAGGUGCUGGGAAGUUCUUCAGCAGCUUCAAAGACAACCUGAAGGACACACUGAAAGACACUUCCACCAGAGUCAUGCAUCAGGUUGCCACAUACACUAAAGGAGAGCUGGACAUUGCCUACAUCACAACACGGAUCAUAGUGAUGACUUACCCAGCAGAGUCUGUGCAAAUCGGUUACCAGAAUCAUGUAGAAGACAUCCGUUCAUUCUUGGACAGUCGCCAUGCUGAUCACUACACUGUGUUCAACCUGUCACAGCGCAACUACCGCAGCGCCAAAUUCUCCAGCCGGGUGUCAGAGUGUAACUGGCCCUCUCGCCAGGCUCCCAGCCUCCACAACCUGUUUGCUGUGUGUAAGAACAUGCACAACUGGCUCAAGCAGAAUCCCAAGAAUGUGUGCGUCAUCACCUGCUCAGAUGGCCGUGCUCCUUCGGGUGUUUUGGUCUGUGCCAUGUUCUGCUUCUGCCACCUCUUCAACAACCCAGUUCCUGCCAUGCAGCUGCUCAGCGCCAAGAGACCGGGGUCCGGCCUGUGGCCUUCACACCGCAGAUAUGUAGGCUAUGUAUGCAGCAUGGUAUCAGAGAAACCCAGCCUGCCGCACUCCAAGCCUUUGGUAAUUAAGGCCCUCACCAUGAGCCCGGUCCCCUGCUUCAACAAGCAGCGUAGUGGCUGUCGACCGUUCUGUGAUGUUCUCAUUGGAGAGACCAAGAUCUUCACCACUUCACAGGAGUACGAGAGGAUGAGAGAGCACAGACUCCAAGAGGGGAAGGUGGUGUUCCCUCUGGGUGUGAGUGCACAAGGAGAUGUUGUAGUUUCUGUCUAUCACAUGAGAUCCACCAUUGGAGGACGUCUGCAGGCCAAGGUGUCGAACACUCAGAUCUUCCAGAUCCAGUUCCACACUGGCUUCAUUGCUCCUGGAACUGCUGUGUUAAAAUUUAAUAAACCGGAGCUUGAUGCAUGUGACUCUCCUGAGAAGUAUGCGCAGCUCUUCCAUGUGGUCCUGGAUGUGGAGGUGGAAGGAGUGGAUAAGCAGAAAGAUCUGACACCACCAUGGGAGCAGUUCCCCUGUAAAGACCUGAGUCCCAAUGUGCUCUUCUCCUGCCACCAGGAACACCAGGAUGCCCUGGCUGUUGCCGCACCAAGUCGGCCCCAUGGAGGUCCCGAUGUUCUGGGCCACGGUGACGAUAGUGAACCCUCAGAUGAUGAGAUGCUAUCUCUCUCCAGCCAGCGAAGCAGCACUAGCUCUGCUCCCCACAAAGCUGACCCACCUGUUCCAGCACCAGCUGCCCCUGCACCUCCUGAGGAAGUGGAUCUUCUUGGCCUGGAUGGAGAGGAGGUCAAUGUGUCAUGUCCCUCAGCUCAGCCCCCAACUACUGCAAACACAACCACUGACCUCCUUGGGGACUUGUUUGGGGCUCCACCUCAGUCGACCAGUGGGUCGUCUUCUGCCCAGUCCACACCCCAUAAAGCUGUCCCCAACACGGCCUCACCGUGCCCCUCUCCUGCCCCACCAGCGUUUGAUCCUUUUGGGACGGGCCCCACGCCUAAGCCUCAAGACAUGAUGGGUUCUCUCCUGGGAGCAGGCCGGAAUUCGCCUGUCCCGCCAAACACCCCAACAGUCAACAUUCAGCAGCAGAAUGCCAUGGGAGGAUGGGACUGGAACAGACCUGCUACCACAAGCACAGGUGGGAGCUUCAGCGUGGGUAGUCGGUCAGCCACCACCAGCCCCACUGGCUCGGUUCAUAGCACCCCCACCCACCAAAUUAAGCCAAAUACCCUGGACCCGUUUGCCGAUAUUGGCAACCUGGGAAGUGGCCUUGGAGGAGGUUCUGGUUUCUCCAGCAAGCCCACCACCCCUACUGGAACCACAUCUUCUUUUCCGCCCAUGGGCUCCCCAUCUCGCCCUCCUUCAUCCCCCCAGCACACUGGCGGGUGGCAGCCCAAUGCAGGCACUGGCUUCUCCUCUUGGCAGCCCGGUGGUGGGAGCGGUGGUGGUGGAUGGCAACCACAGGGGCAAGGCUCCACCCCUCAGCCAAAGCCCAGCCCCAGCCACUCCUCCUUGCCCCACACGUCACCCCAGAACAGACCCAACUACAAUGUCAACUUCUCUGCAAUAGGAGGGGGGUCACCCAGUGCUGGGAGCAAAGUGCAGGCUGGCAUGGGUUCUAAACCCAAAGCAUCGGAGGCAAACUUUGAUGACCUCCUGUGUGGUCAGGGCUUUGCAGGGACCAAAGAGAAGAAAGGGCCCCGGACUAUAGCAGAGAUGAGGAAGGAAGAGAUGGCCAAAGAAAUGGACCCAGAGAAAAUAAAGAUUCUGGACUGGAUUGAGGGUAAGGAGCGUAACAUCCGUGCCCUGCUGUCUACCAUGCACACUGUACUUUGGGAGGGAGAGACUCGCUGGAAGCCCGUGGGCAUGGCUGACCUGGUUACUCCAGAACAGGUCAAGAAGGUCUAUCGCAAAGCUGUUCUGGUUGUCCACCCAGAUAAGGCGACAGGAGAGCCCUAUGAACAAUAUGCCAAAAUGAUUUUCAUGGAACUAAAUGACGCCUGGUCGGAAUUUGAAAGUCAAGGACAAAAAGCCCUGUAUUGAAAGAGGAGAGAGCAAGGAGAGGAUCUACUGCUGAUUCUGUCAUCUGCCCCUGAGAACAUGUCGCCAC